CCUGCGGUUCCCAAUGUUUGGAGAAAAAUGUGAGAAAAAGGAGAGAACCCUGGCUUCUAAUUUUGGAAUUCUUGAUUCAUUACCAUACGAGUUGGAGAUGCAGCCUCCCUUCCACCGUCUACGCCUCCAAAUUGAAGCUUUGUUGGUACCAAUUCUCAGUCGCAAUUUCUCAGCACCGAAGCACCGUAGUGAGUACCCCGUCACACACCCCCAUCGGCCUACCCCCUUCAGCCCUGCCCUCAGCUGCAUCUCUUUGAUGUGCCUCCUAGUUAGGAAUCAAACCGUCGUCCUGCACAAUUCCUCAAACCCAGAUCACUGCCCCUUCAACCUUUCGAUUUCGUCCCUCAUCGAAGCCGGAGUUAAUGAUGGUGGCGAAAAGCAAGUUCUUGAGUGGGAGGCGAGCUUAAUGAAGGUAGACAAGAGAAUGAUAAGCUGGUUGAAUCACCAUCUGAAGAAGGGAUUAUCGGCGUCAGGAAUAGGGGGUUAACGUUGGUUUGGUGUCUAGUUGUUGGGUGGUUUUAAAAUUUGAAAACUAAUUGUUGAAGGUCUCAGUUGAUAUGAUUUGAGGUUGUUUGGUCUUUACAUCACAACAGAAAUCAAGAUUAAGAAGAUGAAAGAACAUUGAAAUGCAAGGAUGGCAUCCUCAGAAAGUCUCGCUUGUUCUGAAUUUGAAUG